AUGCGCUUCUUUUCCUCCAAGCAGAAGGUCUACACGACCGACACGGCCCCCGUUAACACCUCGGAGGAUGUCGGGGUGGAGGGAAAGCGAUACCCAACCCACGCGCUGGGCCGGUUCAUCGUCAAAUACCCCGUCCUGCUACUGCUGACCCUCACACUGCCGUUUGUUUUCUUUGUGAUCGGGUGCGUGAGAAUUCAGUCAGACCUGUCCUACUCGCUGGAUGACUACCAGAUCCGCUCCACUGUCGCCGUACGGCGGGACGCGUUGAAGGUGAACGGCGUGCUUGAUGCCUGGACGCUCUCCCUCUCCGGUGCAUCCUGGCUGUCAGAUAGCAUUGACGUAUCCCACCCACGGUCUUUAGUGCAGGACACGGUGGAGCUGCGCGCUAUUAUCAACCUUCAAGACCUCAUGACGUACGCAGCGGAGGUGAACUGGUCACCCGAAACACGUGAUGCCUACGCCAACAUGCUGCACCCAAACAUCUUCAGCACCUAUCGUGCAGCGGAGGAGCACGUCACGCGGCUGGACGGGUAUGAGGGAGUGUGCUUCACAAACGACCUGCGCAAUGCCCAAGUCAACAGCAUCUACCCCACAUGCACGCCUGUCUCGAGCGUGACGCAGUAUGUCUAUCCAUCUUGGACCGGGCUGGAGUGGUUUAUGAACGGCAGCGGGACUGUCUACCAGCUGGACUACAUGCAGCGCCUCUUCGCGAAUCCGAGCCACAGGUGGUUCUUCGACAGCAACUUCUCGACUCUGAAUCAGAAGGCACUGCAGCUGCGCUCGCAGUACACGUUUGCGGCGUCGCGGUGGGAGUCGAAGGCUGCGUACCGGGAGCGAAUGAGGAAGUUCUUGCCUGGUGCAAUGAACUUCAUUAACACCGGACAGGCUGCUGCGCUGCCGUUCGUGGACUUCUACCUUGGCGGCGGAUCGUCGCAGGAGAUCCUGCUGGAGAUCGCUGGGAAGCAGGAGGGGUACAAGGUGGGCGUUGCUGCGGUGAUCUGCUUCUUGCUGAGCUGGUGGCACUGCGGGACGUUUAUUCUCGGUCUGUACACGAUUGCCGAGGUCAUGUUUGCGUACAUGGCUGCCGUUGGCAUCUACACGCUGAUCUACGGGGCGCUGCCGCUGACGACGUACUCUGGAAUCAUCUGGGUGAUGACGUUCUGCAUGCACGGGACGCUGAGCUUCUACGACAUGUUUGUGUUCAGCGGUAUCAUGGCGACGAAGGGGCGACGGAACAACCUGAGCUUGGCGCAGCGGCUGUGCUUCACGAUGCAGCGCGUCUCUGUUGGCGUGUGGAUCGCGGACGUGCUUGCGCUGGUUAUUUUCGCCCUCAACACGACGUCGCUGUUCAGCUCUGUGAAGCAGUUCAGCAUAUUCAUGAUGAUCGCGCUGCUGUGGAACAUGUACUGCAUCGCGCUGCCCACACCUGCAUUGAUUGUUGUGCACCACUUGUACUUCUCGAACAAGCGGCGCAGCCUGCAGAGGCAGAACGACGUGGUAACCGAGACACUGCUUGGGUGUCGGCGGUCUGGGCACCUUAUGCGUGUGCUGAGGGCUGUGCAGGACAACAUUGCCGAUGACGAGCGUGCGUACAGGAUGAACGAGGACCUGUUUCACAAGCAUAUCUACAAGAACGGCGGGGUCAGCAGGAUUCGAUACGGUGGUCCGCUGGACUUUGUGCGACAACAGGUGCGUGAGGGACGCGACACGAUCCUUGCUGCGCGGCGCGACGUCACUGGCGCUCUGCACAAGGUGAGGAAGACGAAGGACCAGGUUGUGAACGGCAUCGACAUGAAUGGCGGCAUGGUGCUGCCUUCAUUCGAGCUACAGGAUUUUCUGCAGAUCGGGGAUGCGAACCCGCUUGAGGAGGAGGUUGGUGUGGGCGCCGACCGACUGCCGCUGUUCUACAACGCGCGCAUGGUGUUUCCAUCGGACCUGGUCCACAUCCCCGCAGUGUAUGUGGAGCGCAGUGCAGCGUGCUGGAGUGGCAUGUGUGAUGCGCUGGGGCUAGAUUCGCACAACAGCUGCGGAGAGGUCAUCCCGCCGCGCGUGCGCGACCUGAAGCGGGAAAGCAUCAGUGCUGUUGAGGCGAACGCGUUUGCCGAUCGGUGGCGCGAGGUUGGCAUGCGAAUGGGCGUGGAGACGACCUCGAACAACCGCAACGCUGAGCUAGUGCCACUUGUGGUGCGAAGCGCGGUGCGCGCACAGGACCCGACAAUGUUGGUGAACACAUGUGCGAGGGUCAGUGGUGACACUACGAAUGGCGGUGCUGCGGCUGGUGCUGGAACGGAGGCUUCGCCACGCGCGACUGGCGGGCCGUCCGGAAUGGGUCUUAGGAAGCUGCGCUACCGGUGGGCGCACCGCACAGAUUUGCGGCGUGCGCGGUGCUGCGGGGUGUUUGGGCGCGUCAUGGGCGAGACGGCUGAGCAGCGGAUGCGGCGUCUGAUGGCGCGCAAGGUGAAGCGCGAGGGCUACUCUCUCUUUGAGCGCUUCCUACUGCACUACUACCUGCCGGCAAUCUAUUGUGCGCGGUACGCACUGCUCGCGCUGCUGCUGGUGCUGUUCAUUGUGGUGUGCGUGUUGGGUUCUCGCAUUACUGCAGCCGGACUGCCCAAUACGCUCUUGGCGGAUCAAGGCAACAUUGCGAACACGUUCGCAGAGAUGGGGGACACCUUUGGCCAGCGUGGCAGCUGCACGUUCUGUGGCCCGUACUACCGGUCGCCGCAGGACUACCGCCAGGCAACAGUCACAGACAUCACCGCAUGCUCGGCUGAGUAUGAUGUGCAGAUGAACCUGUACGCAGAUAGCUGCGGUGUGUGCAACGGGACGAGUGCGUGUGUGGACUGCGCUGGCACUGCACACGGUACAGCGGCGCUGGAUGACUGCGGCGGGUGCACUGUUGCUGAGUUGUCGGGUGCUGCGAAGUGCACAUGCCCUGUGACGCGUGACUGCCAGUACUGCGCGUGGGCGCUGGACAAGGGCAACACUGGUGGCGGAUCGUGCAGCAUGACAUGCAAUGCGAGCACGUGCGGGAGCAACGGCGGGUGUGAUCAAUACAGCGGGACGUGCGUCUGCCAUGCAGGCUUCACGGGAGCCACGUGCGGCGAGUGCGAGGCAUGGCUGCUGCCGAUUACGUGGAACUCGGCGUGCACGCUGGAGUGCAGCGCGUCGAUGAAUUCUGCGGCCUGCAGCUGCAAUGUGAGCAGCGGGCGGUGCCAGACGUGUCCAGCGGGGACGCGCGGGUACGACUGCUCAUGGCCGUCGGUGGACUGCGGUGUGCACGGGAUGUUCAACCCUGCGACGGCGGCGUGCACGUGCUCGAGCGGGUGGACGGGGACGUACUGUAAUGUGUCGACCGUGUGCAGCGGACGCGGCGUUCUGCUGUCUGCUGCGGACUCACCCACCGGGUCCGAAAUGUGCGGCUGCGUGGGGCACUGGCGAGGUGGAACGUGUCAGCUGUGCGACUGCAUGAACGGUGGAAUGUGUAACACGGUGAUGGGGCAGUGCGAGUGCGUAGGCGCCUUUACGGGGCCGCGGUGCGAGACGUGUGCUGCGAACUGUACGCUGCGUGGCACGUGUCCUGACGUCUUGACGCCAAACUACGCGCUGUGGAAUGUGCGCACCUGCAUCGUUAAUGCGUGCACUGAGUCUGAUGUACAGUCGGAGUCCUUGUGCCCUGCCUGCGCACCGACACAGGUGGUGCCGGCUGGCGAGUGCAGCGCGGUGUCUAAGGAGUUGUGCAUGGCUAUGCCGGAUUGUUGGUGGUAUGUGCACGACAACGUUGUGCCGUACUGCGGCAUAGCGCGGCAGCUGAGUGACUUCACGGCGCUCAGCUGCACGUGCCGGUACCCGAAGGUCUGGUCCGGCCCGACGUGUGGGUACUGUCCUGCGCCGCCUGGUGCGACAUGCCUGGACGAUGGAACAGUACUGGGGUGUAACAGGUUGGCAUACACAUCGCUGAGUUCCGUCGUGGGCAUCGAUGCAUGCAACGUGUGCGGCGGCGAUGGCCUGUGCCGUGGCUGCGAUGGCGUUCCUGGAAGCGGCGCGACGUACGAUGCGUGCGGCGUGUGCGGUGGCAACAACACGUGCAGUGGCGCGAUGACGGCAGUGCCACUGUACGUGGACUACUUAUUCGACCUCACGAAGGUGCCGCAGAUCCUCAACAACGCGACGUGGUGCAAGGCGGUAGCGGUCAUUGCUGCAAACAUCCGACAAUCCAACAGCACUGCCUCACAGACGAGGACCGUGUUGGAGGACUACCUCGCUGACAACGCGAACUAUGAGCUGACAUCUCUCCACGACUUUUACAACUAUGCCAAGGGGAACGGUCGGCUGAGCGAGACAGUCUUCAUGCUCAACUAUAACGCGGAACCACUGCAGCUGCAGCAAAUACUCUACCGCGUAGAGAGCACACUCGCCAACAGCCAGAGUUCACCUUUGCGGGCGGUGGCGGCGUACAACUGGAUAUCUCGGUAUCUCAUCACCCCCUUUCAACCCCUUGCUCAGGCAAGUGGUGUCACUGUGUACUACACAUCGACCCUGUUCCAGCCGGCAGUGGCGAGGGUUGGCGCACUGCAGAGCCUGUGGUUCGCGGUUGGCAUCGGGCUGGCGGUGUCGUUUGUAUUCCUGCUCGUGUACUACGUGAGCCUGACGACAGCGGUGGCGGCAACGAUGGUGGCGGCGAUUGUGUGCUUUGGGUCGCUGACGGUGUGCAAGGUCCUCGACUGGGAGGUGGACGCUGUACUGCAGGUGUGCAUCAGCUGCACGGUGCCAAUCGGUGUGGAGUACGUUGUGCACUUCUGCAGCGGGUACUUUGACUACCUGCAAACGACAACGUCGCACCUGUUUGCGCGCGACGUGACGCGGCGGACUGCUGUGCAGGGCGCGCUACUGCGGUCUGCACCUGCUGUGUGCACGUCUGCUGUAUGCGUGAUCGCUGUGUCGAUCAUGUUUGGAGUGUCGAACCUUUUGCCAUUGCGGCGCGCGGGGCAGGUGAGUGUCAUACUGCAUCUGCUGCUGCUGCUUGCCGGUAUGCUCUUCACUGGCGCCGUUGCUGUACUGGGGCCGAUGAAGGUGUUUCAGCACUGGACGAUCUCCACUGCAAUUUGCAUUGUGUGUGCCGCGGUCGCUGCGCUUGCGGUGCUGAUCAUGUACAGCGUGAAUGGGGUGCUCGGGCCACACGGCAACAUGAUCCUGACGCGCUGA